CCCUGUUACGACCGCGGACAGACAGAAGCAAGUGGACCGGUUUGAAGCUAAGCUAAUUUAGUCAAUUUACAGCUUAUCAAAUUAGAUUUUUGCAUUUGUUUCAGAAAGAAAACACACGCGCGUCUGUUUUCGAAAAAUAAAAGCUAUCUGUAGAUAUUUUUGCUUUGAGGCUAACACGCGGAAUUGGACAUUUAUUUUGAUAAACCGCUUCUGUCCUGCUAGUUGAAUCGGCGGCGGGUAGGCGCCACUUCUGUUUGACAACAGCGCGAUUCCCUCACCCCGGUCUUGUUGUUGUUCGUAGCGGCGCGGCGUACGAGCUAAUUUCCCUUAGCUGCAAGCAGCGAAGAAGAAAACUCUCGCAUCGAUUUUAAAAGCAGUCGGCAUGGCAGAAUUUCUCGAAGACCCGUCGGUCCUCACCAAAGAUAAACUGAAGAAUGAGCUCACAGCGAACAACGUGCCGCUUCCCAGCGGAGAGCACAAGAAAGAAGUGUACGUGCAGUUGUAUCUGAAGAACUUGACCAUACUGAACAACAAGAAGAGUCCGCCUGCAGACACCUUCUCCAGCGACGAAGAGUUACCCGCUCCCGUGGUGUCCAACAAAAGUCGCUCUGGAAGAAAAGCCACCAAAAAGACAGAUAAGCCUCGCACAGAGGAGGUGGAGGUGACAGAGCUCACUGAUGAAGAUUUAAGACAACAGCUGGCGAAGCACGGAGUGGACUCAGGACCCAUUGUUGUGUCUACCCGUAAGUUGUAUGAGAAGAAGUUGCAGAAGCUUCUGGACCAGCCCCCAGCAGAACCUGAAGCUCCUACUGAUGUCACAGCUCUCCCCAAGGUGGACAGUAACCAGAACGGCAACACAAAUUCUGACCAGUACAGUGACAAAGAAGAUGAGGAGCUCGCCACCCCUGAACCAGAGCCAAUUCCUGUGGUGGAGAAGCCUGUGAGGAGCAGAGGGAAAACACCAGUCACCCUCAGAACCAGCAGCAGACGACAAGUUAAGGUAGUGGAGGAAAUUACUGUUGAGGAGACUCCUAAGAAGGCCAGCAAGAGUGUUGUUGAAGAUAUCCUUGCCAAUGAAAUAAGCACACCAACAGGCCUCAGUGCAUCCUGCAGGCGUCCGAUCAGAGGCGCAGCCGGUCGACCGGUAAAACCAAGUGAAUACUGGUUGGACGAGUCCCGUGUCCAACAGAGCAUCCACACAGAGAGCCGCACUUAUUCUGAGUCUUUCUCACGGCCGCACAUCACCUCAAGCAAAGCACCAGUCCGACGAGGCUUCUUGUCCCUGUUGCUCAAGCUCCUGCUCCUUGUUUUGGUUUGUGGUUCUCUCUACUAUGUUUACCAGAACCUUGAUUCUGAUCAGAUCAACACCAUCAAAGGCUCCCUUGACAGCGUCAUCGUCCCACUCCAAGGAGCUGUGGAGAAGGCAGCCACCUACCUGGGCAUCAGCAGCAGCAGCAGUGCUGUAGAGCACACCGGCAACUAAAGACCAUCAGCAGUUCCUCACCAUGCCCACGCAACCUACCACAGCACACCACAACUCAAGCAGAAAACUUGGCCCCUCUCUUCUCUUUUCUCUUCGUGUUCGGACAAAGGACACAGAUUGAAUUGGACCGCUAAGCUCUCUCCUCACUGAACUCCAGCUUUCCUCCCACCACAAGAGGGAGGUGUACUCAAGCAGUAGCUUCUGGAUAACACUGUUUUUGUGGCAGUCAGAAGAGACUAAUUUUAUUGUUGAUUUUAAUCUGUGAAUUGUUUGUGUCAUUGUGUGUAUUUAACCCUUAUAUGUAGAAACAAGUGCAGAACGGAGAGGCCAGUUUUAUCCGUGCAUGGUUGUAGUUGUUUUUCAUACUGUAGUUUUUGUCUGACGCUCUGUGCCAGGUGUUUUUCUGAUGGUGAAGUGCCUGGACACUGUUAGCACUUAGUGCCCUCCCUUUAUUUUUGUCAAGCACAAGGCAGAGCUUCUACUAAUACCAGAAUGUCUAUGUGUGUUUCUGUAUGAAUUUCAACAUUUGCUCUGUAGCUAUAGCGUAGGUAGGUAGAGUGAUUCAUUAUUUCUCUGGUGCUCAGGUUGAUUCAGCUCAAACUCUUAACUGUGGUCUGUGCUGGGAGGAGACACGUGGUGUAAUCAGGUUACGUCACUGCAUGAGGAAAAUCGGCCCACAUUUCAUUUGUUUAAAUUUUACUUUUUCAGUCGCUGAUCACAGCUCAAAUGAUCAUGAUUUAAAAUGAUUCUGUCACUAUGUCGUGUUACUAUGAUUUAAAUGUCAAUGGAUUAAGGUUGAACAUUAACUGUACUUUUGACAUUUUUAACAACAUUGUCAUCAAUUUGGAAACAAAAUACUGAAUGAAAAAGCCGUUAGUAUUGACUAUCUAGCGUUUACAAAUACUCUGAGGAAAUUAAAGCUGCAGAGCUCGAUCAUAGAUUACAGGUUUUGUUUUUCCUCCCCAUGUACUCAUUGAGUUUACAUGUGUUGGGUUUUAGUGCUCCAUUGUGCUUUGAUAUAUAUUUUUUUAAAAUUUGUUUUAUUGUUAGAUUUCUGAUCCUUCAGUCCUACACACAGGACUGGCUGUCGCAGUGCACCCACAUAGCCCACCUCACCGACUGUAUGUGUCCAGACCGGGCAGAUCUGCAGAGAAGACACAUGGAGAAAAUUAGUCCUUUUGAAGCAGUUGACACAUAUAUUCGCAACAGCAUUGUGCUCCUGCUUGAGUGAAAUUUACACGUAAAGACACUCUGAGUGGGGUUAUUUACCCGCUCGGAGAAAAGGUGCAUUCACUGGAGGUGUGGGAUGACUUCCAGGUGGUUUUGUUUCUAUUUUGAUAUUUUUCUAAAGUGGCAUAUUCAACUUUUUAUAGCACAUUUUGAAGCAAUAUGUAAUCCAUGCAAGUAAUACUGUAUCUUAAUCUGAAUCUUGCUGGCUUAACACAAAUUAUUUCUCGUCAGGCAGCUCUCCCACAACGGACAGAAAGACAGGGGUUAUGUGGGUAAGGAUUUUUAAUCUGUUUAUUUAUGAUAAUGUAGGCAGUGUAUCAUAAAAUAAACUUGGUUGUGACCAGA